AUGGCGAGUACAUCCAGCGACUCUAUCGGUGGGACGGAGGGAGCGCACACACCCAUUGGGUCACCACAGAGCGCGACGAUCUCAUCUCCUCCGUUCCAGGAACAACCUCCCAAGCUGAGGGGCAGGAAGAAGUUGUUCGCGGGGUUGCACCGAAUCUCUUCUUCUCCAUCGAUUGCAAGGUUGGGCAAUUCUCGAACGCGAGGUUACACCGGGACUGGGAAAGGUUCCAUCUCAUGCAUAUCUUUGAACUCGGCUUCGUCUCUGGGCGCGCAUCCGUUUGGCUCGCAGUUGAGUAGGGAAGAAUCUACCGGGUAUGGCACGCCUUCACCAUCUACUGCGACCACACCCGGGAUCCAGAGCCCAUUUACGGACGAAAAUGCUCGACUGCGUUACCUACACGGCCAAGACGGCAAAGUCUCCGUUGGAUUACCGUCUGAGUUUCGCCCUGCUUCCAAGGCCGGUGCAGCGCCGGGUAUCGCAGAGGUAGAUGAAGACUACUUUUCUCGGCCUGUGCUCAGAUCAAAGCCGGGAAGGCGAGACUUCAAUUUCUGGCGGGACUUGCCGUCCGAGUUGAGAAUGGAGGUCCUGACGUACCUCGACCCGAAAGAGAUUGUUCGCUGUUCGCUGGUAUCGCAAGGGUGGCACCGAAUGUGCUUCGAUGGACAGCUUUGGAGCAUAUUGGACACUUCUGGCUUCUACAGAGACAUCUCUGGAGACUCCUUGGUGAAGCUUAUUACCUCGGCUGGGCCAUUUGUACGAGACUUGAACCUGCGGGGCUGCGUCCAACUUCGAGAGAGAUGGAACACCCGAGAUCUCACGGAUGCAUGCAAAAAUCUUGAGAAUUUCUCGCUGGAAGGCUGCCGCAUUGACAGGGCCUCGAUCCACAACUUUCUCUGGUCUAACAACAGACUUGUACAUGUAAAUCUUUCUGGUCUCGCUGGAGCCACGAAUCACGGAAUGAAGAUUCUUGGCGCAAACUGUCCCAAGCUAGAGUGCUUGAACAUCUCGUGGUGCAACAACAUUGAUACUCGGGGAUUGAAGCAUGUCAUCACUGGAUGUCCGGGUCUGAAGGACCUGCGGGCCGGUGAGAUCCGUGGUUGGGAUGAUCUGGAUAUCAUGCACGAAAUGUUUCUCAAGAAUACGCUGGAGCGAUUGAUUCUCAUGAAUUGCAAUUCCUUGUCGGACGAGUCUCUUUCGGUGCUCCUUGAGGGCAGAGAACACGAGAUCGAUUAUAUCACUGGCCGUCCGGUCGUCCCUCCCCGAAGGUUCAAACAUCUCGACCUGACAAGGUGCCGCGGCAUAACCGAUCAAGGGGUACGAACUCUAGUCAACAACAUUCCUGAGAUUGAAGGCCUUCAAUUGUCGAAAUGCCACGGCAUAUUGGAUGCUACACUCACGGAACUAUUGCCGACCACGCCAAUGCUGACCCACCUUGAUCUGGAGGAGCUCGAGGACCUCACUAACCUUGUCCCUCAAGCACUCGCCAAUGCUCCUUGUGCGAAGCGAAUGAGGCAUCUUAGCAUUUCUUACUGCGAGAGUAUCGGCGAUGCUGGUAUGCUUCCAGUUCUGAAGUCAUGUACCAAUCUCCAAUCUCUUGAGAUGGACAACACUCGGAUUGGAGACCUGGUUCUGGCCGAGGCUGCAGCCAUGGUCCGGCAGCGAGUGCCUCGAACUACCAUUCGAGGCCCUAUUCAGCCCGGGAAGCCACUUUUCAAGCCUUCUAUCGGCCUGAGACUGGUAGCAUACGACUGCCAGAAUGUGACUUGGACCGGCGUACGGGAAAUACUUUCGAGGAAUGCCGACCUUACAAUCACGACACACACCAAGCAACUAGCGAUCUUGAACAAAUCUUCCGACGCUUCUGCAAGCUCUUCCGCCGAGAACUUGUCAGCUGUGCCUCGCGUAUCUGCCAUCCACAGCUCCACAUUCCCUACACAGGUGAUUCAGCUCAAAUGUUUCUACACCUACCAGCCAACCGUCGAGGAGCAUACAAAACGCGUGUUGCGAGGCGACUUCAUGGCCGCCAGACGUCUUGAGAGAAAGUGGGCUGAGUACAUGAUCGCUCAGGAGGAGGCCGGUGCGCAAGGCGUAGGGAGGCGUCGACGACAGAGGAGAGCACGAGAGGCGCAAAUGAUGCAUGCUGAUGAAGAGGACGCCAAUAUGCCCGGACUGGGAGUUGGAGGUGGCAGACGAAGACGCGCUCGUAGUGGUGGGUGUAUGGUGAUGUGA